AUGCCGACAAAGCCGAGUGAUUCCUUCCGAAAGCCCAGCCCCAUUUCCGCCCACCACCAUAUAGAACGAAUUCCGGGCGGAGCUCGGCGGGGAAUAAAGGCCCAGUCGAGGCUUCCCAUUGGCUUCAGCUCGUAUUGUGUCGGAUCCCGGGAUCCCCGCCCCACCUCGACAUUUCCCUCGCCUACCCAGCAAAAAAUUUUUUCUGGCGAUGUUUGUCGAGCGAAGCUGCACGAGCGCCCCAAUUUUCGCGGCGAGGAAAUGCAUCUGGUGGUCUUGAAUCACAAGAGCAAGACAAAGAAAGACAUCGGCAACAGCCACGACGUUUUGUCGGGCGACGAGGGCAUGAGUUUGGUGGCGUUGGCGCCGAGUGGAACUGAAACCCGAGUCUCUUCGUGGAAUCGAGGCAACAGCCAUCUGCGCAUCGUCUUUUCCCAGUCCCCGAAUCGUUACAACGCUACAACAGCAAGCUUUUUUUCUUGCGAUGUUCGUCAAGCAAAGCUGCACGAGCGCCCCAAUUUUCGCGGCGAGGAAACGCAUCUGCCGUUGUCGGUGCUGCAAAACAGCCCGCUGCUCCCGUACUCAAACCACCGCAACCGCGGCUCACCUUGGGCGUGUUGCUCACCGCCGGGCUCAGUGGCGGCCGAAGUGCACGACGUGACACCAGUGCCAGUGUCUCAGCAGUACCACUACUUCCACCACAACCCGCACCACCAGCCUGCUCAGCAGUACACGCAGCUCCACUCUGUGUCGCACCAUGACGUCUACUGCGAUCCUGACCCAGGGUAUUUGACACACUGGUCUCAGCCAGACGGAUCCUCGCAGUCCGAGUUCAUCAUGAGCGAGUACACCACACUGUACCCAGAAUACGAUUACCAGCAACAGAGGUUCGAUCCCGGAUCCGUCACACCGACUCCGUGCCACGUGACGAUGCCACCUCUGCCGCACAACCACCAUCACCACCUUUCCUACAAAGAACGGCGCCGGACUCAGAGCAUCAACAACGCCUUCGCGGACUUGCGAGAAUGCAUCCCGAAUGUGCCGUCCGACACGAAGCUUUCCAAGAUCAAGACUCUGCGUCUGGCCACCAGCUACAUAGCGUAUCUCAUGGACUUGCUGAGCACGGAUGAGGCCGGGGCGGUGGGAUUCCCGAGCUUCGCGACAACGGCGGCGGCGGCGGCGGCGGCUGCAGCUGCGGCGGCCGCGGCGGCGAACCAACUGCAGCAUUCGUCACGGAACAGCAACAGCAGUGGCGGCGGCGGCGGCGGUGGCGGAAGGGACUCUGAUAGUUCGUACUCCAAGUCGCCGUCGAUGCAGCAAUCGUGUGGAAGUCCGAUCACCAUGUCGCCGCCGGCAACGCCGACUGGCUACGGGGCGUCCCCACAAUACGACGAUGGCGUACCCGAUGACGAAAUUCGGAUUAAGGUGUCGGGCUGCGUAAUGCGGGUCCCAAUCUCGAUAAUACGACCGCUGCUCAUCCCGAACCCCGUGGCCCUGGUUUUUAUUCGAGUGGGGAGGGUCAUUCAUCGUGUUGCUGCCGCCAUCCACCGUUGUGAAAUACCGCCGCGAGCGUGUUUUGAUCUCGCAAGAGGCGGCGAGAUUAAUACACUCGGCAUCAUUGUUGUUGGGGUCCUGGGGCUUGCCUCUUUGUAUUUUGACGAGAGCAGCGAGGAUUUACGCAACCAGCUUGUGUUUUGCAUGCAAUUUUUGAAGCCAUCCCCGGGAAUGAAUGUUUAA